AUGAAACUCAGCCUUUUACCAUCUGCACGGCAUCAUUCCACAUCGGCGAGUGCUCGUUCCAUGCGACGAAGCUCGACUGGCGCUGCCGCCCCGCGCUCUCCUGCCACUCUUCCUCGUCUUCCAGUGCCGGAUCUGCAUCAAACAUUGAAGAGGUACACUCAGUCUUUGGUACCGUUUUUCCUGGAGCAAGAAGCCCGUGGUGGUCCUUCUCAUCAUACCGCUUUAAAGACAGCAGCUGAGCGCGCUGACAAGUUUGAGCAGGGGCUCGGACUCACAUGUCAACAACGUCUGAUUGUCCCAGACAUGGUCCUUCAAGGGCGCUCAAGCUCUGUACUGGCAGGAAUCACUCCUUGGCAAGUCAGACGAGCCGCUUGGUUGAUUCAUAGAACACUUGAAUUCAAGCAUAAAUUAGACCGUCAAGACCUAUACCCUGAUACAACGCAUACCGGCGUAUGGUUUCGGGAGACAGUAUCCAAGAUGUUUAACGUCUGUCGGAUUCCUUGUUCACAGUGCGAUACCCUCAGUACCCCUUCAUUAUCGGCCUCGGAUAGUCGGAAGGUUCUCGUUAUGGUACAUGACUGGUUGUAUGCCAUCGAAGCAUACGACAUUGAUGGGACGCCCAUUGCACCGAAUGAAAUAGAACAGCGCCUUAGGAGAAUCGUUCAGGAUGCGGCUAGCCGCAUACAAGGGGGCGAACGCGCCGUGCCUGUCGGGUUGCUAAGCGCAGAUACCAGAGGCCGUUGGGCUGAGAAUCUUCAAUACAUCCUUUCCCUCUCGUCAACAAACCACAGCACUUUUGGCACAAUCAAGGAUUCGCUCUUCGCCCUCAGUCUUGAUCACUAUACCUACACUCCCAAUGUUUCUGAUUCUACCUUACCACCUGUGACGCGGCAGCACCUGUGA